AUGAAUAAUUCUUCAAUAUUAAAUUAAUCAUAUUGUAAAACUGAAGGAGAUGAAUGCAUUGGAAGUAGAGCUCUAGAUAUACUCAAAGAAAAAAUUAAAAUAUUUGAUUUAGAAAAAAUACCUUAACUUACUCAAUUGUAAAGAGAAAGAAUGCGUUAAUAAUAAUAAUAAAGAAGCAAAACAACUAAAUACUAAAUUCAUUCUAAUAGUAAAUAACCAACUAGUUAUUCUUAAUAUCGAAUUUCAAAUAAAAAAUAAACAACAAAUAAACCAAAUGAAAUAUAUUCAAGAUAAACAAUGGAAUCCAUUAAAAAUAUAUUGACUAUCCAUGAAGCUAAAUUGUUAGAUGUUCCUAUCAUUAAAAUUUCUAGAGAAAAAAAAACAACUAAUUAAAAUGAUUCAUUCAAUACAAUAUCUUUAAUUUUAAUGGAAAAAUAUUAUUAAUCCACUCUUAAAUAUUAAGAAAGAUAAUCUAAAUUUUAAUAAUUUUAAUAACCAUCUAUCCAUAUUAAUUCAAUGACAUCUAUUGUUAAUAAUAAUUAAGCUGUUAAAAAUUAUAAAAGAAAAUUAAGAAAUAGUAGAAGAGACUUAAUUAAAGAAAUCCCAUAAUAAUUUUAAUAAUAUAAAAUUCUUAAUCACUCAAGACAAUUUAGCUCAGAUAAAUCACAUUUUGAUUAUUGUCAAACUAAUUAAAUCAAAAGAAAUCAUUCUGCACUUUGA